CAAGAUGAGGUUCCACGUUUGUGAAGACAAAGAUGUGUCUUGAGGAUCCUUUAGUUUCACAAGAAUAUCGAACAUCUAACCUUUGAAUAGUAAACGGAAUUUGUUGUCAUAAUGGCGACCAGAAGUCUUACUGAGGUUUUUAUUUUGAUGAGAAAUAAUGCUCUCCAAAGCAGACACAUAUUCUCCGAGCAGACUGCAGAUGACAGGACGUCUCUCAUGUCCAGCGCUCAUCUGGACCCGGAGCUGGGCCUUGCAUCGGCACGGACUGGGAAUCUGCCCCCUGAUUGGAUUGACAAGCUCACAGAAAUUCAGUUUGAAUUUACAAAGAUUAAAGAGAAAAUGAAAGAGCUGAAUUCUCUCCACGAUAAACAUUUGAACCGGCCAACACUUGAUGACAAUGUUGAUGAGGAACAUGAAAUUGAAAUUAGAACACAACAGAUCACACAGAUGUUUUCCCACUGCCAGCGUCUAGUCCAACAAAUCAACAACCAGAGCAACAGAGGGCCGUCCUACGAGCAAAAGUUGUCCCACAACAUUGUGGCGUCGUUAGCCCGCACUAUGCAAGAGAUGUCGACCAACUUCAGGAAGAGCCAGUCUGCUUACUUAAGAAAGAUCAAAAACAGAGAAGAGAGAUCUCAGCAGUUUUUUGGCACCAACUUGAGUCCUGACUCGGGCCUGAUGGCAGACAGCAUGGGAAUGGACAGCGAUGUCAUGUAUGAUAAGGGCUUCACGUCUGCUCAGAUGCAGCUGGUGGACGACAACAGUGAGUUUGUCCAGCAUCGAGAGAAAGAAGUGGCCUGCAUUGUCCGGUCCAUCACAGAUCUCAAUGAAAUCUUCAAAGAUUUAGCCUCAAUGAUUGUAGAUCAGGGCACAAUCCUGGACCGAAUUGACUACAACAUCGACAACGCAGCCACCCAAACAGAAAAAGGUUUAGUCCAGUUGCAGAAAGCUGAAAAGUAUCAAAAGAAAAACCGCAAGAUGAUGUGUAUUCUGAUACUUGCAGCCGUCAUCAUCGUCCUCCUCAUCAUUCUCAUCGCUGUGAAAAGCUAGCGAAUGCUCAGAACUCUGUGAUAUUAUUUUAUAGCACGUUAUUUCAUAUAUAUAUAUAUAUAUAUAUAUAUAUAUCAUGGCAUGUAUAAUUGUGUUAUUGUGAGGUUUUGUUAGUGUUUGUUGGAUUCAUUGUUCUUGUUGCCUUCCUGUGUAUGAUAAAGUUGUGAGCGUGCCUGGUGAAAGGGACCAGAAGACGCAUUUUGAAAAAAUCUGGGUUUUUUUGCAUUUUCAUGUACAGAGAUCAUUUCUGAAUAAUAUGCUUUUUGAAUUUUAAAGAUAUCUUCUGUAGUUUUUGAGAUGUGGGUGAUUUUGUAAGGCAGGGUAUGAAAACCAAAGUUUUGAGAAAAACGGCUUUAAAGUUUCCCCUUUGUUUCUGCUUGAAAUAGACAGAUCUACGCUUCGAGACGACCUGACAACACAUUCAUUACUCACAAACCAACUUUAAAAAGCAGUUAAAACAAAAGAACAGCUUUAAAGUGUUUAUAUUACGUCUUCAAAACAAAUUCACCACCACCUUGAGCAAGAGUUUUCAAGAAAUAGAUCUAGGUUUGCGCAGGGCAGAAAAAUUGCGACGCAAGUUUGCUCUCCGAAAAGGCGAAAGGGUGUGGAUGCGCAAAGCUUCGCUUUGUUUAUAUGUUCUAGAUAUUCAUGCGCACAACCCGCUAUUAGAGAGGGGAGAGAAUGACCUAGAUUUUGGUGUGCAAUGUGAUUGGGUCGACUUUAUGAAUGGACAAGAGAAAUCAUCCGCAGGGUGUACUCGGAAAACCAAUUUUCUCGCGCAUUUUGGGGGGGAUUAUGCAAUAUAACUCGUGUUAAAAAACGUCUUUAAAAAUGUAUUUAAAAGUCGAAGAAACUCAAGUCCUUAACUAAAUGUCGAUAUAUUAAUGGCUAAAGAAUCCAUUUUUAAUGGAACUUAGUUUUUGUCAAAAAUUCUAUUUUUGACCUUUGAAGCCUGAUAUCUCGGUUCGAAUAAAUGUGUCUUCUGGUCCCUUUCACAAGGCACGCACACAGUUUACUGUCACAGAAAGGGGGUCUAGUGAGCUAGAGUUUUGCAUUUAAGGAAAGAUGGUAGUGACAAUUGUUAAAAUCUUCAAGUUCAACAGUUUGCCAUUUAUUUUUCUAAUCAAUUUUUGGGGGGUGAAAUAGGUGAUCUGGUGCGUUGAGUGAAAUGUGAGCUGUUCAUUUUAUUGAAUCUGUUACGCCAGUGUAGGUGUUAUCAACUUGUAAUGUUGUGGAUGCUUUAAAAAAUUUGUCCCUUGUUUUUGAGCAUGUGAGUCAUUAGGGUGUUAAAGGGAAUACCUAUCUUUGGACAUUUAGAAAGUGUUCUGCAGAGAACAUUUAGGAUGUUUUUUUGAGUAAUGCUAAUUUGAAGGGAAGGAAAAGUUUGUUAGCCGGCAUUCUCAACGUAAGAAGAUAAUACAAAAGAUAAACAGCAUUAUUUGGAAAUAAAUCCAAAACUAGUGAACAGAACUAAGGGUGAAAUGCUAGGAAAAGAUGAGCGUUACCCGUAUCUUUCUGUACCUUCCUUAGGUCUGCUAGUGCUCCAAAUUGUUCUUCUUUUAGUCUGAUGUUUGUGCGUAUAAGCUGCUUUCGUCUCGGUCUUGACUUGACCUCUGUACUGCGCGUCGUCUGCCUAGCACUGUGUUGUUUGAGCCCACCUAUUACUUGAACAAUAUUCCCAUACGAUGUCACCUUUGUGUGUGUAACCCGUUUUGUUAUUUGGUGUCCUUGUUGUGUUUAUGAAGACGGAGCGUAGAGCGGACCCAAUCUUAGGAUACUUUUACAGUUGUCCUUCUCUACCCUGAGGGUACUAAUGAGGUCACUGUUAAAACUAAGUCACUGAAUUUGGACUGCUGUACAAAGGUUCUGUGCGCAGUGCAAAAAACAAGUGAUGGUCAGCUGAAAUAUAACGUCCGAAAUUUUCUGUUAUCUUGAAUUUGUUAGUAAUGUUAGUUAUAUUUGAAAGAGUUGAAAGAGUAGAUAAACCUCUGAUGCACUUCCUGUUGGAUGAACGGCUUCUGUUGAUUGCCUCAUUUAGCUUUUCUAGCUCGGUGACUCGUUCUUGUUAAUCUCCACUCAUAGUAUCAGUUAGGUUAUAUUGACUUUCAAUUUUGGCUUCUAUUUGCGUGGGUGAAGUCUACUUGUACUUGUGUUGAUGCAGUUGUGGGAUGUAUGGCUGGAAGAUUCACGGAGGAUGGACCGUCUGUCUAGGAGAAUUGCUCCUAUAGGAUUCUUUUUCUACUGUGGGGCCGCACGUUUCUUUCAGUGUUAUCAUGCCUAUUUAGGGACUCUCACACCCCUUAUUUAUACUGCACAAAUGCUUUGGUGUGAAGGGUGUCGGAGAUAUGUUCAAGAAAGGCUAAUGUGACAAUGGUGUGCUUGGUUGUAAUCCUGUACAACUGAAGAGUUCUUUCUGGGAUGACUUGACAUCUCUUUCUAAACUGAGUUUUCUGUUGUUGAGGCAGUGCUAGCUAGCAAAGCUGUGAGUUUUCCGUGGUAGGAAAGUUGGCAAGAUUUCUUAAUUAAGUGUUGAUGGAGAGGAAAGGUGCAACUUUUCUAAGUUUCCAAAGUUCUCCCUGUGUAGGUGUUACCACUGCUAUAACUGAAUGCUCAUUGCAGAUAAAUAAAGGUACAAGUAUGUGGAAAAAGCUUCUCAUUUUGAAAAUAUUGCAGUGAAUGUUUCAAGGUUGUUUUUUUCCUUUAUAUCCCAGUGAGAGGCUAACAUCAAAUUGCUAGCGUUUCGUUGAAAUUUUGAAAUUAUUUUUUCAGGUUUAUAGAGCAUCAGUUCACGUUUUACGCUAGUGUAACGCAAGUAUAAUCAUUUGUAAUGUUUUUCUGUAACGCACUUAUAAUCAUUAAUUGUAAUGUAUUUCUGUAUUCACCUGUGAGAAAUUCAAUGAAAUCAUGAGACUGAACAGUUUUUCGGGGAAGGGGGUUCUCAUGUCGUGUUUGAAGAAAUAGCAUGAUUGAUGUGACCCAAAACAGUCUUACUUAACUUUGGCUGUGUGCAAUAGGUGAAAUCAAUGGCCAGUAGUAGGUGGUUCUUGUGAUGCUUUUCGUCUGGAUACUCGUUCAAGCGAGUACCAGAUCUUGCUAAUUAUAUUGUCUGAUGCUGCCAGUCUCGGAUGAUUGUGUGUGGUGAGAGCUGUAUGUUAACUGUGAUGUCAAGGACCACACGAUAUCGACACUGGUGCUCAGUCGUGAGUCUGUGGUUUUGUUUAUAAUGCUGUGCAAAUGUUGCCGAGUUGUCCCACUGGUUUUCUUCAGUAAUCAAGAGAUUAUAAGUUUCAGUGUUCUUGACGAGCAAAGUCUCUUGAUUCUUUAUUGAAUUUGCCUUGUGCAUCAUGCGUACAAAUUGUUAUGUAUUUAUUUUCAUAAAGCGAUUAAUUUUUUUUCUCCAAAUGACAACAUUCUUCACUUUCAUUUUGUUUUCCCUUUAAAAUUUGAAUGGGCUAUGCAGUCUUUUCAGCUUUCCGUCUUUUCAUUCCAGUCUAUGACAGACAUUCCACUCAUUCUGAAAUGUUCUCUCUCACUUUCCGUCAUUAAUCCUUUUUUGUUUGUGUAAAUCUGUGAUAAUGUAAAGAAGUGUGUCCAUUGAUAGAUAUGUUUUUUAACCCUGUCCGUACGUCGUGUUUUAUUAUCGUAUCCAUACGACGUGGGGAAUUCUGUGCCACCACUUUCCGAAGCUAAAAUGUGAAAAAUACAACCCCAUGGGUACAAAAUGACCCCAGGGCGUACAGGUAGGGUUAAAUUGAUAGAAGCUUCUCUUCUUUUUUGUCUGCUAGUCGAUCGUUUUAUGUUAGAGGCCUGUACUAAAAGUAAUUUGCUCUGAUAUAGAUGUGAAAGGUCAAAAAGUAAAGACAGAAAUAUAUGUUUGUGGAUGGGGAUGGUCAUUGUUGAUAGAUAUUUUCUAAUGAGGAUUUCAGUAAGUUGCUUAGUUUAGCAUUAAAAAGGGGUUAUCGUAACAUAACAUAGCAGAGAGGAAUUCAGUUCCUCAGGAUUAUCUUUAAUCAUUAUAAGUCGCUCUCUUUAUUUUUCAAAUGUUUUAAGAAGCUGAGUAGGAUGCUUUGGUGCACACACACCCCCCCCCCCCUGGAAAAUAUGUUUCAUACUUCAAAUAUUAGCAGUCGUUGUGAAGUUCUUUGUGGUUUUAUGACAUGCAGUCCUGUCCAUUUCCUGCUUGUAUUAGUUAUAUUCCUCCUGAAAGGAACAAUUAUACAUGGGUGCGUUUUUUGUCCUCUGCUGGUUUGCUUCUGACUUUUUUGUUUGACAAGAUUAGACCAAAAUUUGAGUGCUUUCAAUGCAGUGAAGUCUCUCCAGGCUGUAAAAUAGUCAUAGGUUUCCAGGUACGUUAGGACUUGUCAUUUGUAAUUCAACCUUCACUUUUUUAAAUGCAGAAGUUUAGCUGGCUAUGGUGCAGGUGACUAUGUGUUGAAUCCUUAGUAGGCUGUUUUUUAGCUGAGGUAGUCUGUGAGUUUUCAGGGUUCUUCACACUCACUUGGCUUGGUCCUAUCAGGGGCCAAAGGCCAGCCCCAUAAAAGAUAAUUACAUUGCUGAUGUGUAUAAAGGCCAUACAA